AUGUUGUCCAAGCUAUUUCGAUACGACGCGUUUGCCAAGCCGACGGCCGAUGCGACGAUCAAGACGGCUAGCGGCGGCAUCGUCACGCUGCUGGCGAUUCUGCUCAUUGUGGUGCUCACCAUCUCCGAGUACUGGGCCUACACCACGCCGGUGAUGAGAAGCCAGAUGACGGUGGACCGGUACCGAGGCGACCGACUGGACAUUCAUCUCAACAUCACGUUCCCCCAGCUGCCGUGCUCGCUGGUGACUCUCGACAUUAUCGACUCGUCUGGAGAGGUCCAGCAGAGCGUGGAUCACGAUAUGACCAAGGUGACUCUGGAUGAGCGAGGCAACAUUCUCAGCAGCGAGGCGCUGACUCUGGGUGAAAACCCCGACUCCAAGGCUGUGGCUAAGCGCACAUUUCUGGACGACCCCAACUACUGCGGAUCGUGCUACGGAGCCGAGUCCGAGCCGGAUCAAUGUUGCAACACCUGCGAGCAGGUUCGAGCCGCCUACGCCACCAAGGGCUGGGCUUUCACCGACGGGUCCGGGGUGGAGCAGUGCGAGGUGAUUGGCUUCAAAGAACAGCUCAAGGCCCAGUACAACCAGGGAUGCAACAUUGCCGGAAAGUUCACCGUGCAAAAGGUGGCGGGUAACUUCCACUUUGCCCCGGGCGUCUCCUCGCAUCGAGACGAGCAGCAUUUGCAUGAUCUGAGCCACUUCAAGGACCCCGAGGCUCCAUUUACCUUCUCGCAUAUUAUCCACGACCUUUCCUUCGGAGAACAAGUUGAUGUGAGCGGUCUGGACUGGGAUAAGGGCGUCGCCAUGGAGACCUCUCCUCUUGAGAACACCCCCCACCACACUGACAACAAGUGGUUCCGAUUUAACUACUUUACCAAGGUGGUCUCCACCCGAUUUGAGUUCUUGGACGGCAAGAAGAUCGAAACCAACCAGUACGCCGCCACCGCCCACGAGCGACCUUUGCAGGGCGGCCGUGAUGAGGACCACCAGAACACACGACACAUGCGAGGAGGUCUGCCCGGCGUCUUCUUUUCGUAUGAUAUUUCUCCCAUGCGAAUUGUCAACAAGCAGGAGUACAGAAGUCACUUUGGCGCGUUCGUCAUGCAGGUGGUGGCCACCAUUGGAGGAGUGCUGACCGUGGCUGCUGUGUUGGAUCGAGGCAUUUACGAGGUGGAUCAGGUGCUGAAGCGAAAGAAGGAUCAGUAA